AUGGGAGCACAAUGAGCGAGCCAUACAGCGCUUGGAGAUGGCAGAUCUCCAAAGAUUAGCAAGAAAAUUCUUAAGAUUCCUAAAGAUAAGCAAACAAAGGACCAAAUCUAUGAUGAAAAUCUUGUUCAACUUGAAGUACGGUUUAUGACAGUUCUUCCAUCCUAUUUGCAAUCUGAUAGCAAGAAGUAUAAGAUCAAAUACAAGGUGUUUUAUGGAUCUAAAAUGGAAGAAUGGGAAGAAGAAGCCAUGGAUGUUCUCCACACAUCACAUGGGCUCUUCCAAUUUGACUAUUGAAUUACCCAAGAUGAUCAGAAAAUCUAUGCAAAGAUAAGUUUUGAGACUGAUCAGAGUAAUUACUUUAAGAAAUCAAUAUUUGGAGAUUCAACAGAGUAUGAGACUGAUGAUUCACCUCAUGAACAACAGUAUUACUAUAAUCUAGAAGCUUGAUAUGAUGUCCAUGACACCUUGCUUCUUAAAGGAAUGUUUGGGGAAGCUGAGAACUUGAAAUCCAACAUUCCUCUUCAGAUCGGAGAUAAGUCAGGUAAAAAUUUCGAGGAAAAGUAUGAGCAUGAAGGGUCUAUCGUCAGGGCUUCAAUUGUUGAGAAAUCUCACAAGCCAAUGAAGAUAGAGUUCGAUCUGAAUGGUAUGUUCCACUCAGAAAGUCAUCACCUAAUGGUGUCGGUGUAUGAGAUCUUGGGUACAAGUAAAAAGCUUGUUUUCAACACUAUCCCAACCACUAGAUCUGAGCCUGUAAAUGGGCGUCCUGGUCUGUUCUAUUUCGGGAAAAUUUCUAUGAAUUCUGAUAUCUUUGAAGGUGAGGCUCUGGGAUCUGUUCACCUUGACUUUGAAUUAAAAAGAGUGAAAUAUAAUAAAAAGGGUAAAGAAAGUAUCAAGGUGUUAGGGCACGACAGCACUAAGCUUAGAAGCAUCAGAAACCUUGAAGAGAGAGCUAAACUACAGUUAAACAUCCAAAAAUCUAAAAGUUUGAGAGGAACACUCAGUAUUUGGAAUUCUUCUUAUACACCUCUUUUUUCUUUCCUUGAUUAUAAGUUAAACUUGGAUUUGCAUGUAGUCCCCAUCAUUGCUGUUGAUUACUCGCUAGGCAAUCUGACAUUCGAUAUGGAUAAAAAGUGAUUACAUACCUUAAAGAAAGGAGAGGAAAAUGAUUAUAUCUCCAUCCUAAGUCAGAUCAAGAAAAUUUAUCAACAUCUCUGUCCAUAUGUACUUGGAUAUGGAAUGGGUGGAAAAACAGUCCCAAAGCAACAAAAUGCUUCAGAUUUGUUUGCCUUAUCAGGAGACAUGUUUGAUCCAAUAGUUGAAAGGGAUCAGUUAGUUGAGAAAUAUAGUGAGGUCUUUAGCAAAAUACAGCUGUCACUUCCAAUCAACUAUUCUCCUGUUCUUGACCUUGUUUGACGGAUGGCCCGACAUGAGAAAAUAAAAGGCAACCCUCAAAAAUUCUUUAGUCUGAUUUAUAUAACUCCAGGGGUUAUUGAUGAUUUCGACAAAACGAUCUCAAUGGCCAAGUGAAUCGGAGACCUUCCAAUGUGAGUAACUGUUAUUCAGCUCAAAAAUGAGCAGUUAGAAGAGACGAAUGAUAUUAAGACACUUUCACAAACCUUAGUACCAGAAUUCGAAGAGGCAGAAAGAGAGUUUGUGAAUUAUCUUGACUACAGCAAAUUCAAGAAUCUCGAAGACCCGACUAUAUUUGAGGAAAUGUUAGUAAAAGACAUCCCAAUCAACGUAAAAAGAUAUCUAGCUAAGCAAAAUGUGUUUGCAUAUCAGCCUGAUCUCAAUGAUUUUGGAACAAAAGCUUCAGCUUGUCAAAAGAGGAAAGAUAUCGUUAAGAAUGCUAUGAAUAGCCAGCUCAGUUAUUAUGACAAAUUUGGCCAUCUUUCUCCAAGGGAAAAUUGUGAAUAUGAGGAAGAGAAAAUUGACCCCAGUUUUAGAUCCAGUAUUGCAGAAGCAAGCACAAGGUCAAGAAAUGAUAUGAUCGAAAGAGGUAGUUCAGGGGAUGGAAGUAAAGGGUCCUGGUAUUAUGAUAAGAGACAGUUCUCUUUUAUUAACGAGAUAAAGGAGGAUUAUCUCAAAUUAGCUCCUGAGGAUGAUCCUAUGAUGAGAGAAAAGUUAGAGGACCAUAUAAACUCUAGACUAGUGUUUGACAGUAGUAAAGAAUUUAUGCUGCACCUUUUAAGCUCAGAGAUUGAGCAGGGAAAUUAAUAUAA